CGACAUUUGGUGACCCGCACGGGGACUGAUCAACCCCGAGACACGGCGGUGGUGUGCAACGCUCCAGCGUGGUGCUGCCGGACAGCUCUUUUCCAGAAGCGGCUCCCCGCCGAGAGGCCGCUACAGGGAACCCUCCCUUCUCUCAGCCGGCACAGGAAGUGACGCCCCGUUCCACUCUGUCGCGACCGCCGUCUUAUGACGUUGCGCCGCGGGGCGGACGAUAUUUUCAUGGGCGGUUAUGGAGGGGUGAACGAUGGCCCGGAGGGGAUCCACCGAUGCAAGGAAUGGAUUACGGUCUUUAUGGAGUAUAUCCUGUGCAAAUGGCCCCAGGCCAAGGGCGCAAUGUUUGGGAACCGUUUGAAAUAAAACAGAUUAGAGAAUUAAAAAGCGCUGUCAUGACCUUCGGGCCCACAGCUCCUUAUACUAUAGCUAUGCUAGAGAAUCUUGCCUCUCAGCCUCUUACACCAGGUGAUUGGAUGCAGCUGGCCAAGGCAUGCCUUCCUUCGGGUAGUUAUCUUGAUUGGCGAGCCUGGUAUGCCGAGUUUGCCAUCGAGCAAGCAGAAAAGAAUGUUAGCAGGGGGCAUGCAAGGUGGAACGAAGAUAUGCUCCAGGGCUCAGGUAAAUAUAGGGAUGACCAAACUCAGUUCCCCAAUGAGGUGUAUGACCAAAUCUCUAAUAUUGGGCUCCGCGCAUGGAAACAGGUGAACGGUGCGGGGGCGGCCUCAUUAUGCCUUUCAAAGAUAGUGCAGGGUGCCACAGAGCCAUUUGUUGAUUUCGUGGCUAGGAUGCAAGACGCGGGCGAUAAAGUUUUUUCAGACCAAGAGGUGGCAAAGCCCCUGAUCAAACAACUCAUUUUUGAACAAUGCACAACAGAGUGCAAAGCGGCUCUUGCCCCGCAUAAAAACAAGGAUCUCAAUGCUUGGAUUAGGAUUUGUAGGGAGAUUGGAGGGCAGAUGACUGCAGCAAAGCUUGCGGCGGCCUUUGUAGCUGCGACAGCACAAGCUAAGGAUGCUUCUGGACCUAAGCGAGAUCGUAAGCCCAAAGGAUGUUUUGGCUGCGGGGAACCAGGGCAUAUUAGGAGAGACUGUCCGCACAGUGUUAAUACACGGGAAGGGCCAAUAGGCGUGUGCGAACGAUGCAGGAAGGGAACACACAAAGCGAAAGAUUGCAGAUCAGUUUUUGAUGCCCAGGGAAACCGCAUUAGUGGCAGGGGGAUUCAGGAGCCAAAAAACGGCCAGAGGGGGCCCUCCUUACGGACGGGCCCCCGCCCCCUAGACAGGACAACACAAGGUGGCAGCCCUCCACAAGGGCUACCCCUGGGUCAGCAGGCGUGGACCUCUGUGUCGCCUCCAGACUCCUAUUAACGCCCGAUAUGGGCGUUCAGGUGGUCGGGACCACCUUCAAAGGACCGCUACCUGAAAAGUCAGUUGGUUUAGUGAUUGGACGGUCCUCCACAGCCCUCCGGGGCCUUACCGUGCUCCCUGGGGUUAUAGACUCAGACUACACAGGAAACAUUAAGAUUAUGGUCCAAUCUCAUGUAGGGACCAUGGUGAUUAAUGAGGGGAAUAAGAUAGCACAACUUUUAUUGCUCCCCAGUCUCCAUGAGAGAUUCCAGUCUAGACAACGGGUUAGAGGGGAUCAGGGUUUUGGCUCCUCUGGAGAAAUUUUUGAAGGACUUCAUAUGACUCUUGAUAAAAGACCCAUGCUCUCGCUCAGGGUUAAUGGUAGAAAUAUAACAGGACUCCUGGAUACAGGGGCAGACCGCUCCAUUGUCUCCAAGAGGGACUGGCCUUCUAGCUGGCCCACCAAUACAGCUGAUAACACACUCCAAGGGUUGGGGAUGGUGGCUGCCCCCCAGGUUAGUGCCGUGACCCUGCCUUGGUGUGAUGAGGAGGGUCACCAAGGACAUUUUCAACCUUUUGUUCUACAGCUGCCGGUAUCUUUGUGGGGAAGAGACAUCCUCACUCAGAUGGAUGUCACUCUUACAUCCACCUGCUCUCCCCAAGCCAAGGGUAUACUUAAGAAUCAGGGAUAUGUCCCCGGCAAGGGCCUGGGCUCUGCCCUGCAGGGCCGGACAUCUCCCGUACCUGUAGAAAAAAGGGAAGGUAGACACGGGC